UAUAUUCAUAUCCAAAUAUUAAUUGUUGAAAAACUUUGAAACCAUGGAAGAAGAGCCACUACUACUUUACAUGUCCCUUUCCUUCAUCAUCCUCAUCCUGUUAGGGUUCAAGCUCUAUUAUCCCUUCAUUAUCCAAACCAAAAAACGACACUACAAAACCCUACCACCGACUCCACCGAACUCACUCCCAAUCAUCGGCCACCUCCAUCUCAUCAAACACCCCUUCCACCGAACACUCCACCACCUGUCUCGUAAAUACGGCGACGUUUUGCUGCUCCACUUCGGCUCCCGCCGCGUGGUGGUGGUAUCGUCGCCCUCGGCCGUGGAAGAGUGCUUCACCAAAAACGACAUCGUUCUGGCCAACCGGCCGCCUCUCCUCGUAGGGAAACACCUCGGCUACAACUACACCACCGUCGUCCAAUCCCCUUAUGGCGACCACUGGCGCAACCUCCGCCGCAUCGGCGCCAUCGAGGUCUUCUCCUCGAGCCGUCUCAAGUCGUUCUCGGGGAUCAGAAGAGACGAAAUCAAACGACUGCUUCGCAAACUAAACAACAAUAAUAGUAAUAAUGGUGGUACUGGUAGUGGUGAGUUUGCGAAGGUGGAGAUGAAGUCGCUGUUCUCGGAGAUGACUUAUAACAUCAUGAUGAGAAUGCUGGCCGGAAAACGGUACUACGGGGAAGAUUUAUCGGACGAAGAAGAGGCGAGGCAGUUUAGGAAGAUCAUGAAGGAGGCUAUAUCCUAUGCCGGUGCGACGAAUCCCGGGGAUUUCUUGCCGGUUCUGAACUGGUUUGGUGGUAAGAAUGGUUAUGAGAAGAGAGUGAAGAGGCUUGCGAUGAGUACAGAUGGGUUCUUGCAAGGUCUGAUCGAUGAGCAUCGGAGCAAGAGGAGGAGUAGUAGUACUGCUACUAUUCCUAGUCAACUAGACGAUAGUAUGAUCAAUCAUAUGCUUUCUUUGCAGGAGUCGCACCCUGAUUAUUACACUGACCAAAUUAUCAAAGGCUUUAUGCUGGUAUUGUUGCUAGCUGGGACUGACACAUCAUCGGUGACAUUAGAAUGGGCAAUGUCCAAUCUACUUAACCAUCCACACAUUCUCGAAAAAGCCAAAUCAGAGAUUGAUGAUCAAGUUGGACAACACCAUUUGGUGGAUGAACAAGAUCUUUCCAAACUUCCAUACCUUCAAAGCAUUAUUUCCGAGACAUUACGACUCUACCCAGCAGCUCCAUUGCUCGUUCCUCACUACUCAUCAGAAGAUUGCACUAUUAAAGGAUUUGACAUUCCACGUGGCACAAUCUUAUUAGUUAAUGCAUGGGCUAUACACAGAGAUCCUAAGAUAUGGGGUGACAAUGCUGAGAGUUUUAAGCCCGAGAGGUUCGACCUCGCGGGUGGGGACGAAGGUGCUGGACUUGUCAACAAGCUAAUGCCUUUUGGAUUGGGAAGAAGGGCUUGUCCUGGAUCGGGCUUGGCCCAACGUGUAAUUGGCUUGACUUUGGGGUGUUUGAUACAGUGCUUUGAGUGGGAAAUGAUCAGUGAAGAAAAAAUCAACAUGAGUGAAGGCAGAGGUGUCACAAUGCCGAAAGCUAUUCCAUUAGAAGCUAUGUGCAAACCACGUCCUAUCAUGAACUCGGUUAUAUGUGACUCUAUUCAUGAUAUUUAAUCAUAAAAUAGAGUUUAAUGCAAAUUUUCAUUACUUCUAUGUUGAAUAUUAUAUAUCAAUGAUAAGUUGAAGGUCGUGACUUGGUUUGAGGUUGUUGGGCAUUGUUGUCUAAAAGUAUGUAUUUGUAAAGUUUAUAUGAAAUUAAAAAAAGUGAAAACUUUCUAUAA